GGGCUCCAAGAGGGCGGUGAUUAUACCGUCUCGCUCUCCUUCUCUCUCCCAGUGCCUAUUAUCGGCUGAACCAAGGGGAGGGGAGUAGAGGAAGAGCGCGUGGAUCCCUUGCUUCUCUCCUCUCCGAUCCUCUCGUGUCCUCCCACAGAGAAGAAAAGAAGAAAAAGGAAAUAGAGUAAGGGAGGGAGAGAAAGAGAGAGCGGAUCCGCGAAUCUUGGAAGGCUCUCAUCGUCGUCAUCAGGUUUCUGGUUCCAUCGGAUCACCGAAGGAAAGUGAUUUGGAUUUGGCUGAUGCAUCAAGAGUAAUGAGAUAUUCUGUUUUAUGUCGGUCCUUGGACUGGCGUCUGAUUGUUUGAAGAACCCCUCUGCGCCUGCGAGGAUAAGAUGCCAUCUAUUUAUUUUUCAAGGAACAAAGGGCUGCAAGCUUCAUCAGAAUUCCUACUAGGCCGGGGCCAGAACUUCUUGUUUGGCAAUACCUUGUCCUUCCCGUCACAACCCUUCUCCACUCUUGGCCACAGCAUUGAUCAGCCUCCCCAGUCUUCUUUUACUGUCCUAAGAAAUUUCAUUACAGGUGAUCGUCGCAAGGGACCAUCUUUCCUUAUUGGAACGCUCUCUCGCACCUUUUCUGUGCUUUCUGUGACUGGACCUUCUUCCCAACCUUGUUUGCACAACACUGACCCUCUGCCUUCUGAGCCCAACCAAAGAUUUGCUUGCAGUUUAGUCCAGAGAAAUAUAAUGUCUGCUUGCAAUUCUUUAUUGGGUAGAGCUGAACUGGGUGCUCGGCAUCUGGAGAAUAUGAGCAGCAGUGGACAGAUUUUGAAUUCUGCGAUGCGAGCUGUUAUCUGUUAUAGCUAUAAAGGUCUUGAUCAUUGCAGAAGAAUAAGUGGUAGCUUGAGAAAUAGACAACCCUGGGGUACUAAUAUGGUCUACAGGUGUUUCUGGUCUAAUGCAACUGGGACAAGUUGGAAGUCUAAUUUUUCCUUAGAGCCAGGGGUACAAGAUUUUCAGUCGCAGUGUACAGUACCAUACUCUGCUGGGGCAGCCCCUGACGUGUCUCUGGAUGAAACUUCACAGGAAGAGCAGUUUGAAAAUUUAGCCGUACCCUUUGACCAAAAAGUACUGGGUGAUAGGUCUUUGAAGCUGCUUUCUGGAUCUUGUUACCUGCCGCACCCAGAUAAGGAAGAAACUGGUGGGGAGGAUGCUCAUUUCAUAUGUGUUGAGGAGCAAGCCAUUGGUGUGGCAGAUGGUGUUGGUGGCUGGGCAGACCUUGGAGUUGAUGCAGGACAAUAUGCUCGAGAGCUUAUAUCUAACUCAGUGUCCGCAAUUCGAGAAGAGCCAAAGGGGUCCAUUGAUCCAGCAAGGGUUCUAGAGAAGGCUUAUUCCAGCACCAAAGCAAAGGGAUCAUCAACAGCAUGCAUCAUUGCUCUUACACAUCAGGUGUGUGAAGAGUGGGGAAUAAGGGGCAUGGCCGGCAAGAGGCUUCCUUAUUGGCACCUUCAGGGUAUUCAUGCUGUAAACCUAGGGGACAGUGGCUUCAUAGUUGUCAGGGAUGGCUGUACCAUCUUCAGGUCACCUGUACAACAACAUGACUUCAAUUUCACUUAUCAACUUGAGAGUGGCAAUGGCAGUGACCUCCCAAGUUCUGCCCAGGUAUUUACCUUCCCUGUUGCACCUGGCGAUGUCAUCAUAGCAGGAACAGAUGGGCUGUUUGAUAAUUUAUAUAAUAAUGAAGUUACAGCUGUUGUUGUCCAUGCUGUCAGAGCCAGGUUGGGGCCUCAAGUGACAGCUCAGAAGAUAGCUGCACUUGCCCGCCAGAGAGCGCAGGAUAGGAACCGGCAAACACCUUUCUCAUCUGCUGCCCAAGAUGCUGGGUAUCGGUUCUACGGAGGCAAACUUGAUGACAUUACAGUUGUGGUAUCCUACAUCAGUGCAUCCAGUUCUUGAUAAAAAUCCAUUCUUCUUCUGUACAGCUUCGGAGGUGAAAACUGAUAUCGGUGCAUUGCAUGGAUUCAUCUACUGCUGUCCUUUGAAGCUCCUAUUUCAAGAGAAAUGAGCUUGUCUUUUGCUAUCAUGAUAGCUGGUUCAGUUACCCUUUCUAUUUGAGAUUUCACAUUGCUUUGUCGCAACCUUAAUGUUAGAACCUGUGUAAGUUCAGGCUGGCUUUUUCGCAUACAUUUUAAAUCAAUUCAUAAGGGUGGAUAGAAAAGGUUCCAUCUUCCUAUUUCAUUA